GCAAAAUGUGUAAGAACACAGGAAAAGGAAACUACAGUUUCUGUGGUGAGUGUAGAUACCAAAUCAAGCCGUACUACACCAUCCUGCACGCUUCACCAUGGACGAGCUCGAUAUGCUCUUGGAGGAGUUGGCUCUGACUUCCACAAAAAGCUCUCCUGCACCAACCCCUCCUCAGACGCUCACCCUCAGCACCUCGGACAAAAAGGCCACAAUAAAUGUGCCAGCACAGAGUCAGUCCUCUGGUGUCGGCUCAGGACAGGGCGGAGCCAAAAAUGUGUACAGUGAGUUGCCUGCUCCAGUGGAGGCUGAAGUGAUGAGUCCAGGAACGGCCAGUCGAGAGCUGGACUCCAUCAUGAACGAGCUGCUGGGGCUGGGGCUAGAGGUUCCAGACGAGGUGCCUCUAUCUAAACCUCCACCACUGGCUGAAAAGUCAGAAAAGGAAAAGAAAGACGGGGCUGAAGGAGACAAACGAGAGGGCAGUAACGCCACCAACAGUGUCCAGAAUGAUAAAACAGUGCAGAGGCAGAUGUCGAAGAACGUCGAUGCCAUCGAUGACCUGCUGGGUUCACUCAGCUCAGACAUGGAGAAGAUGGGCGUGCGCACGGCAGCCAAGGGUCACUGCGCCUCCUGUGGCAAAUGCAUUGCUGGAAAGAUGAUCACAGCUCUGGGUCAGGUGUGGCACCCGGAGCACUUUGUGUGUAUGGUCUGUAAAGAGGAGCUGGGUACGCGGGGUUUCUUUGAGAGAGACGGGAAGCCGUACUGCGAGACUGAUUAUCAGAACCUGUUCGCACCGCGCUGCGCGUACUGCAAGGGCCCAAUUCUACAGAAUAUCUUGACCGCGAUGGACACCACAUGGCAUCCAGAGCACUUCUUCUGUACGCACUGCGGAGAACGCUUCGGAACCGAAGGGUUCUUGGAGCGCGAGGGGAAGCCGUACUGCCCGCUGGACUUCUACCGCCUGUUCGCCCCCAAGUGUUCGGGCUGUGGAGAGCCGGUCAGAGAGAAUUACCUUUCAGCCGCGAACGGCACCUGGCACCCCGACUGCUUCGUCUGCGCUGACUGUCUGAAGCCCUUCACUGAUGGCUGUUUUCUGGAGAUGGACGGUCGUCCUCUGUGUUCUCUGCACUAUCACUCCAGGCAGGGGACUCUGUGCGGGACGUGCGGAGCGCCGAUCUCCGGCCGCUGCAUUGCCGCUCUCGACCGAAAGUUCCACCCCGAACACUUUGUGUGUGCGUUCUGUCUGCGGCAGCUCAGUCAGGGGGUGUUUAAGGAGCAGGCUGGGAAACCUUACUGUGGCCCCUGCCACAGCAAACUCUUCAUGUAGACCAGCAGCCCCGUCCCAAAACCCCAAAUACUGCACCUCCUUUACACUCCCCACUCCAGCACACCUGGUUAAAGGGCAAUUACACUGACUUUUAAACAUUUCAGCAUAAUUAAAUCGUUACAAUGUAAACAAAGUCAUUCAGAGUGGUUUGAUGUGAAAAUGCUUCGUUCUAGAGAACAUUGGUGGUGAUAGGAACCAGACAUCCAAAGAGUUUGAUGCCUCACAGAAAGUUAUUACAUGAAAUGGUUAUGAAUAUGUUGCAUUAUGUCUGAGAUGUUAUUUUACAAUUGUUUUUAGAUAUUAUGUUGGGUUUUUUAAUACUUUCAUGGCGGAGAGGUGAUUUAAGGCAAAAUCCCCAAAGAUUCUGCUGAAAGUGCUUGUUGCAGGGUAACGCUGCUUCCGCUAAAAGCUAUUACAAUAAUGAUGAUGAUGAGUAGAGGGUUUACAGCUCACUCAAGUGUUCGAGUUUGAAGCAAAAACAGCCUCAUCUCAGUUUCAGUGGUUUGUCUGCUGAUGAUGAGCAGAGGAAAAAUGAGUGCAGUUAAUAAAAAUUAUUGUAAAGCAUUUAUAGUGAAUUACAGCCUAUUCAUAGUGCUUAACAGCACAUUUAGCAUACUUCUAGUGCAUUAUACAGCAUACAUAGUGUACUAUAUCACAUUUGUAGUGCUUUGCACAGCAUUUAUAGUGCACUACAGCCCAUUUGUAGCGCUUCAUAGCAUUCUAGUAUGUGGCAGAGCAUUCCAAGUGUGUUCUAAGGCCUUUAUAGUGUAGUACAGUUCAUAGCAGACUAUGGCGCAUUGGUAGUGUUUUAUAGAGCAUUUGUAGUGUAUAGCACAUUUAUAAUGUGUUAUAAAGCGUUUACAGUGUACUACAGCUUAUUUGUAGUGUGUUGUAGAGAAUGUGUAGUGUCCUAUAGUGCAUUUAGUGUGAUAUAUAGAACUUUUAUAGUGUCAUAUAGAGCAUUUAUACUGUACUAUAGUGCAUUUAUAGUGUCAUAUUGAACACUGAUAGUGUGCUACAUUACACUUAUUGCACCAUACAGCAAGUAAGAGGAUGUAACUAAUGCUACAGUAUACAUUAGUACUGAAUCUUAUGAGGAAUGCUCCAAGAUGAUGAAACAUUCUUUCAUAUGCAUAGCAUGGCAGCAUAAUCGUGGUACACAGCAAAAUGAAUAUGAACCAUGUAACCCACAAUUAACUGAAUAAACAUC